AUGUGCCUGUGCACCGACUACCACGAAAUCGAUAUCCACGUAAUCGUUUCUGACUCCAAUGAGGUGAAGGAGUUCCAAGAUGCCUUGAACGGUCUGAAGAGUUGUGGCGAAACAUUCAGCAUAUUCCAAACACCACCGGCGAACAUUAACGGACCGAAACCGAAGUUCAACAUUGUGAACCUUUUCGACAUAUUGCCGCCAGUUUUUCACACUUUGACUAAAGGUAAAAUCACGGGCGCAGACACAUCGGCGCUGAUAAGUGAACGCAACAAAUUUCAGUACCAAACAAUCAAAAAGAUGGCCGCGGCUAUGGAACUCAAGUAUGACUGGGCACUGUGGUUGGACUCCGAAGCCAUUGCUGUGCAGCCGUUCAGCAUCAGGCAGACUUUCGACAGUUACAUCAAGAACCCAACAAUAUUCAGGUCUAAAAUGACCAACACCGACUUCAUGCGAGCCAUCAUAGGCAGCUCUGCGAACGUACUGAAUCGGGACAUUGAGUCGUUUGGGCAGAAGUUCUGGAACUUGGAGAGCGUGGAGUGGAUAUUUGAGAAGGCAGUCAUCGACGAUCUCGUUCAAUACGUGGAGAACACCCAUAACCAGGACUUUUGGACUGUCUGGGCCACUCGGGGUUCCCCAUUCGAAAUCAGUCUCUACAAUAUGCACGUUCAAGCACGGAAGCUGGAGACAACCAACCCAAUGUUUACGAAGUAUCAAAUCAUCGAAACGGAAACAGAGAUGGAGAGGUUUGGCAUCGGAGCGGCAAGGGCGAUCAUGGACACGAUGACAGGCACUGGAAUGCUCGAGAGAGGCUACGAACUCUUCAAAGUAGCAGAAGUCGUGCCUGGCUUCUCCGCAAUGUUGAAGAAGUUCGGACAACGUCUAUUUCGACUGGACGACCUCGGUAUCGCCCCGCCAGAAAGUUUCCCUGUCACCCCUCAGGUCCUCGCCAACACACUCUUCUGGUAG